AAAUAAAUAGAAGCGCCGUUAAAAAGACGAAAUUUACCGCCAAAACCACCCACAUACAGAGUUGCCGAGUCGCUCAAUCAACAAUAACAACGCCCCGGAUCCUGACCUUCCCUUCCCUUGGCCUUGUUCUUCCCCCUCGUAUCUCGGAGGGAGCCAACAUACACAGAGAGAAGCAACAACAAACUAGGAGAGAUGGCCAGCAGGAGGAUGUAGGCAGACUGAGGAGGAGGAGAAGAAAGGUGUAACACUAGAAAGAAAAAAUAAAACCGAGAGAAAGACAGAAAAAAAAACGAAAGGAAUCUAUAGACACAGGAAGGAAAGAAACUCUCAUCGUUACGUCCAUUUUGUGCCGCGGUGUGUGUGAUGUCGUGCCUUGAAUGUCCGUGUGCCUGCUCCCGCAUAGCCAGUCUGGCGGUCUCCCCGGAUGUACGUGUGGAUGUUCGACUGGGCCACACUGACACGACCUACCAGCCCCUCAGUCGCAUUAAGUCCGAGAGCUUUGCCCUGGAGUUACGGUCUCCGAGCAUGGUGUCCUUCGAAUCCAAUAGUGAUAGCUAUGAGGUGUGGAGUCCCCUGGGGUCGGUGUGUGGGGGCCGUGGCACUGUGUGGCUGGCACGGCACAAACCCACUAAUGUACAGGUGGCACUCAAGAUAUACGAGCUCGACAAGUGUGAGGAUGAGUUUGAGCUGAUACAGCAAGAAAUCCGGACAGUGAGACAGCUCCGGCACCGCAACAUCAUCCACUACCUGGCAUCAUUCCCGGUGUCGCAGCAGCUGUGGGUGGUGAUGCCUCUGCUUGGCUUCACCUCUGCUUCGCGCUUGGUGGCCACACAUUUCAGUGACGGCCUGCCGGAGCCUGCCCUGGCCCUGGUGAUCAAGGAGGUGCUGCAGGGCCUCUCCUACCUCCACUCCAAACGCAUCAUUCAUAGGGCCGUGCGAGGCAGCCACAUCCUCAUUGAUAACUCAGGGCGCGUGGUGCUGAGCGGCCUGCGACACAGCACCGUCAUCCACGACAGCACCCACUGGAAGAAAGCGGUGCACUGCUACCCCCUUGAGGCACGCUACAACCUUAAUUGGGCCAGUCCGGAGCUCCUUGCACAGGACCUGCAUGGCUACAGUGAGAACAGUGAUGUGUACAGUGUGGGCAUCACGGUGUGUGAGUUGGGGAAUGGUGAGGUGCCUUACCGAGACAUUCCCUCCACACUCAUGCUGCUGGAAAAGCUUGAAGACCGUGUCCCCUUCCUCUUCGAUGCCUCCACCAUCCACUCCACUGAAAAUGGACAAGGAAUGACCACAGACUCAGGUGUAGGUGGCAGCGUUGGUGGAAACUUAACCAGCCUUGCCAUUACUCAGCGUCUCUUCACUCCCUCCGCCCAUGAUUUCGUCUCACGUGCACUGGCUCGCUUCCCGGAUGAAAGGCCCUUGGCUAGCGACCUCCUCAGCCACCCAUUCAUCAGGCAGACGAGGAAGUUUAACACCACCCUCCCCCAGUACUUGCAUCCUGUUGUCCCCUUGAACCAGCAGACUGAUAUUGGUGAUGUAAUACCUGACCUCCUGGAGAAGACCUUGGAGGAGACCAGCUUAAAUGAUGAGGUAUCCUGGGACUUCUAAAAACUAAGAACCUACCAGCAGGAGCACCAUCAUCAUCAACAGUAGUAGUAGCAGUGACAGAAGAGUGAUGCUGGGUUAAGACAGUGCUACGAGUGUGUGUGUGCAUGGGUCCUUUCUCUCCCUGACUCCCUUCCAGUAAGUCCCCACAGAGCUGUAUGUAGAAGGUAGCAGUAGUGGUGGUGGUGGUUGGGAAGUCUGGGAUGGUUCAAUGAGAGUGAUGAGGGGUGGACUUGCUUAUGUGAAGGAAGGGAAUGACUAUGAGUGCGUAUGGUGAAGAAUUAAGAUUGCUUGAUUGAUUGAUGGCUAAAUGAAGAGGAAAAGGUGUUGGGUAUUUUUUCCUUACGUCCAGAUUGAGAAGAAGGAAAAAGUUGUAGGUGAUUUGGAAUUGUAGGGCAAAUAUAAAUGAAUUGAUGUUUAAAUUGGAGAAGAAAAGAUUGUGGAUAUGGUGAUGAAUAUAGAUGGAUAGAAUAGGAUUAAGUUUGAUGGAGUAAUAGAUGUCUAGAGCGUCUUUCUCACAAGGCUGGAGAAGUGUUGGAAGAAAGGAUGUAUGUAUGUGGUAAGCAGCAAUUGAGUGGACUAUAAGUUAUGGAAAUGAAAAUGAAGGUAGUGAUUGAUGGAUGGGUGGAUGGAUAAAUGGAGCUACUUUCCCACAAAUCUCAAGAAGAAAGGAGAGGAAAAAGGUUAUGUUUAGUAAGAAAAAGUUGAGAGAGGUACAAGAUAUGGAAAUGAGAAGGAAGUAGUGAUUGAUGGAUGGAUAGAUGGAUUUACUUCCUCACAAAUCUGAAGAAGUAAAGGAGGGAAAAAUGGGUAUGUUUAGUAAGAAAUAGUUAAAGGAGACACAAAGAAUAGAUACCAAAAUAGAAUGACUGAUUAACAGAAUGGUUGACUGAUAGACAUACUCUCACAAUACUCUAGAAGUGAUGAAGGAGAUGAAACGGCAUGAAUGACAAAAAAAAUAGCAUGAAAUAGCAAGGAAUAGUCACUGAAAUAAAACAGCUGAUUAAAUAAUGAAUUAAUUUGAUAAAGCACUUUCUCUCAAGGCUUAAAUAGUAAUAGACAGAGAGAGAGAGAGAGAGAGAGAGAGAGAGAGAGAGAGAGAGAGAGAGAGAG